UCAAAGUACCCAAUUUAUUGGUAUUUGAAGAGAAUUGAGCUUAAGAUCAAUUGUUUAUAAAUGUAGAAAAUUACCAUUAGACUCUUAAACUAACUACCAAUAACAAAAUAAAAUUAAUCUUUUUUGCUUAUAAACAAAAUUAAUCUUUAAUAUGAGAGAAAAAAAUAUCAAAUGGUGAGCGCAAAGAUGGAAGAAAAUGGCAGGAAGAUUGGUUGAGUCGAGCAGAAAGGGAAACAAAAAUAAAAUAAAAAAUUGCCUCAUUAGGGAUCUGGAGCCGUCGGAUAUUUUGAACGGUGAAUCCUGUGUGUGUACGGACGGGUAAGAAACCUAAUCCUAUCAAAACUCUGUUUGUUAGUUAAUUUAUUUACAUUAUGAUUUCUAAUACCCGAAGGAGAAGGAGUACUCUCUAGGUACUUAAGGUAAACUCUCCUACUCCUCGUUUGGAUCACUUGUAAUAUUUUUUGAGAACCUGCAAGUGUGUUUUCUAGGUUUUGGUUGCCAUGGAACCUCAGCCCAGAAGGUUGUACGUGGCUAACUUACCGAACAAGUUUACUGAAACUACCAUGAAAGAAUACUUCUGCAAGUAUGGUGAAGUAAAGGACUGUGUGAUUAUCGUAGACAAAGUUACUCGUAAACCUAGAGGAUUCGGCUUUGUUUCCUUCACUCACCCAUCGGUGGCUGAACAAGUCAUGGGAGAAGGGCACAUCAUCCUCGGUAGAAAGGUAGAUGUGAAGACAGCUUUACCAAAGAGUACUGUGAAAAACCAAAACCAAGAGGACCAACAUGCUCAAUCCGAACCAUCUUAUAACGCCAGAAGGAUUUUUGUUGGAGGUUUACCACACAAUCUAACGCAAGAGGAAUUCAAGAACUACUUUGAGAAGUUCGACACAGUUACGGAUGCGGUUAUAGUAUGUUGCAAGGAAAGUGGCAAGUCCAGGGGCUUUGGCUUCAUCACUUUUGAAUCAGAGGACGCCGCGGAUGAAGCCUUGCAGAACAAAUAUCAUGAAUUGAAUGAUAAAUUCGUGGAGGUAAAGAGGGCUGUGCCGAUGGUUACAAAUAAGAAUCCGGUCACGACAUAUGACCGUAACCGAGUAGAAUUCGAUUAUGGAACAAGGCCUCAUCGGUUUGGAAAUUUUGGAAAUUUGUUAUAUAGUGGUGUUUACUGCAUUAGUUGUUUGAGUCCUUAUGAGGUUGGACACCAAGAAGGGUGCCGUCCACUUGGUUAUCUUUUCCCUUAUAUAUGUCCGUAUGACCAUCAAGUCUAA